GCAGAGGCUGCAGUGAAAUUGUUGAUUGUUGAUUUCUUUAUUGUAUCUUUUGGUACUUCGUAGUAAGCUCAGUUGUUUUCUAAUUAAACUUGUUUUAGAUAUGGACAGUUAUAAAAUAAUUUAAUCAAAUGAAAAACUAGUUUUUUAUUCUCUGAUAGAAUAGUUAAUGUAUGUGGACUUGUUUCUAUUACGUGAGAAUAAGGACUACUAAUUUAAUAUUAGUGCUGCUGUUUAGCUUUCAUAACAAUCUGUUGUAAUAGUUUAAAGGUUUUGAUUGAGAAAAUAACUGUAAUAUUCCAGUGAUAUAUCAGGCAGAUAUAAGUUGCUGAUGUUAAGUUUUUAUGAUUCUUUUCAUUAAUACUUGUAAUUCAUGAGUAAUACUUUUCAGUGAUAUUAAAUAAUGCUCUGAGGGAGCCAAGGCCUGCUCAGUCUUCUAUAAGAAUGCUUCCUGUUCAAGUCAUAUCUACAGGAGUGGACGCGUGCAAAAUCUUGCAGGCUGACUUGCUUCACUCCGUGAAACUCUGUCAGAUUCGCUUCGGAGGCAGGACUGAGUUAGCAACAGAACUAGACCCCCACGUGGUAGAUGUCUGCAACAGGAUUGAAGCAGUGUUGAGUCAUGGUUUAAGAACGAAGGCAUUACCAAAAAAGAAUCAUUCCACUAUCAAGCAAGUGACGGAGUUGGUAUUGGGUGGUAACGGGCAGGAACCUGCAGUGGUGUUUUGGCAUUUUGUUCGUGACUUCUUGACCAAACACGAGCGGGGACCGAUAUGAACAGUUUUUGAAGCA